AUGUCUGACAUUGCAAACAACCCCAAUGCAAAUUCUGCUGCAUACCAGCGAAUUUUGCUCAAACUCUCGGGUGAGGCGCUCAUGGGGGACGAUGCUUUUGGCAUUAACCGCGCAACCAUAGAGCGCAUCGUGCAAGAAAUUGCCCAAGUCGCUCGCAUGGGGGUGCAAAUUGCAGUUGUGAUUGGUGGUGGCAACAUUUUUCGCGGUGUUGCAGGCGGUGCAGCAGGUAUGGACCGAGCCACCGCAGACUAUAUGGGCAUGCUGGCUACAGUCAUGAACUCUUUGGCUUUGGCUGAUGCUAUGGAGAAAGCGGGUUUGACGGCUCGCGUCAUGUCCGCCAUAGGCAUAGAGCAAGUCGUGGAGCCUUAUGUACGGCCCAAAGCCUUGCAGUAUUUGGAAGAGGGCAAGGUGGUGGUUUUUGCUGCGGGCACUGGCAACCCAUUUUUCACUACCGAUACGGCUGCGGCUUUGCGCGGCGCUGAAAUAGGUGCGCAAAUAGUUCUCAAAGCCACCAAAGUAGACGGCGUUUACACUGCUGAUCCUAAAAAAGAUGCCAACGCGACCCGCUAUAGCCAGCUGAGUUUUGACGAAGCCAUAGCCAAGAGUUUGGGAAUUAUGGACGCCACAGCAUUUGCCCUGUGUCGCGACCAAAAACUGCCCAUCAAAGUUUUUUCUAUCUUUAAAAGCGGGGCUUUAGAGCGCGUAGUGGCUGGCCAAGAUGAAGGUACUUUGGUAUAUGCCAAUUAG